CUGAUCCUGAUCACGAUGCGCCGAUCAACUCUAGCUCAGGAUCGCAUACACGUAGAAUCCUUCUCCAAACAAAGAAGCUUCCCCACUUUUACCCACUCUUAUUCCAAGUGCUGCUGCCAUUGCUUCCCCCUCGCCCUUAUCACCUUUCUUGCCCUCCUCCAAAUCGGGACUCUGAUCCAAGCACUCAAGAUUAACCCGGCCCUCUCCUUCUCCCGAGUAUUCCCCACCUCAUGGCCAUCAUUUCCUCACCAAGCCCACAACAUUAUUUACUCGCUCGCAAAGACCAAGCUCCACGAACCCGUCGCCUUCUUCCCCCUCAUUGACCGCCGGUUUGCGAAAACCGCCAUGGACGGCAACACUUGGUUCAUGAGCUCCCUCAACGACACCUACGAGGAAGGCGAGACCGAGUUCCUCCACUUCCCCUCCAAGGAGUCGGACGGUCGGCUUUUGUGCUUGGCGGGCAGUAACCCGUCGAACGGCACGAGGAAUUCCUACGCAUUGGCACCGCCGGAGGCCCUCCCACGCAACGCAAAGGUCCUCUCGGGUCUAACGUUCGUAUCGGAUACUUACUACGACUAUGAUAACUUGUGGCAUGGGCUAUCAGCUGCGGCGGUGCCAUUUGCGUCAUGGCACCGGAGGAAAGAGUGUGCGAGGCCAGCAAGAUUGGUGCUGUACCAUAGAGGAGAACUUAGAACUCGCAUGGGCCCGUGGGUUGCAACCCUGAUGAAGGCGGUCUUUGGACAGGAGAUGGCCAUCGAGCGGUUCGAGAAGAGCGAAGAAGGGCCGAGUUGCUUUGAGGAGGCAGUGGUGUUCAGGCACAACGAGGGAUCGAUGGCGAGGGAGAGGAGGGAGAAGGUUUAUGACAUGAUGAGGUGCAAGGCUAGAGCUUAUUGUGGGAUUAGCACGGAUGUUGGAGGCUUGAAUGCUGUAAGGCUUACAUUGUUGUUGAGGAGGGGGGCCAGGUCGUUUAAGGACGAGCCGGCAGUUAUAAGGACCUUUGGGAGACAGUGCAUGGAGGUGGAUGCGUGCCAACUCAAGGUUGCCAGGCCUAAUAAUUUGACAUUCUGUGAUCAGGUGAAAUUACUGAGUGAAACAGACAUCCUAGCCUCCCCUCAUGGGGCUCAGCUGACCAACAUGUUCUUCAUGGACAAGAACAGCAGCCUGAUGGAGUUCUUCCCCAAAGGAUGGCAGGAGCUAGCAGGUGUGGGGCAGCAUGUUUUCCGGUGGAUCGCUAACUAUUCAGGGAUGAAGCACCAGGGGGCAUGGAAUGAUCCCCAAGGCGAUCAUUGCCCUCACGAUGACGGACGUCGGUGCUUUUCAUUCUACAAGAAUCGCCAGCUCGGGUAUGAUGAGGCCUUCUUCGCCAAUUGGACGGCAAGGGUCCUCAAUGAGGUAAAGGAAUACAAGGCAUUCAAAAGAGACGCUCAGACGCAGCUCACACAAAGUUCUUGCCAAUGUAGCUAGCUAGCUAGCUAGCCCAGAUGUUCUAAUCGAAUUCACUUGCAGCAGAACAUGUGGUAUAUAUAGCCAAUUUGGCAAGAAAUAAUGAUGUACAAGGCUCGGUCAUAUAUACCCAGGGCAAGAUAUCGGCUUAUGUUUGCCUACUCCCUGAAAAUAUUUCUAGUGCAUGUGAAGAUGCAUAGCCUUUUCUCCCAACAAGAGAUCAACCCGUGAAUUGGAAUAUAAUCCAUACUUCCAAAAUAGUGAAUAUAUUGGCAUUAACAUGUGAUGCGAAUUCCCGCCAAAUUCUUAUUCCACCGCUAUUGAGAUCUGCUGGGUAGGCAAACAAAAAACCAGAUUUUUUUAUCAUACGUAUGGUUUUGGCUUGGUCGACUAGU